AAAUCAAUCAAGUUUACAAAUUUUUAUCAAGAAUUUUGUACACAUUUCAAUUUUUAUCAGUGUUUUAAUUUUAUACCAUGGCGUGCAAUGAGAACGUGAUAAAAAACAUAGCAAAUGAAAUAACAAGGAACUGCCAAGCUCAAAACGUUACUGUCGACGCGGAAUUCGUAAUAUUUCUUAUAGAAUUGCUGCUUUUAAAUCCUAAGUAUGGGAAGUUGUUUUCGAAGGUCAUAAACAGAGAUACCCUACAGUAUUUUGUGGAAGAAUGCGGCUCUAAGUUGAUACGUAGUGAAAACUCAAUAAACACGCUGAAAAUGCAAUUUAUAGUGCAGAAAAACUACGACAAAUUACCGGUUCUAAUUAGCAAGCACUUGGAAUCCAUAGACACAUGUCUACGACCUUUGGUUUCUGAGAUCUUGGAGGAGGAGCCAACAUAUGAAGAUGACAAUGAAUUGAAGAAGAUGUUUAGGAAGAUAUCCAUUUAUAUUAUAUUGAGUAGUGGUCUCGGUAACCCCAGCAAUAUUCAUAAUCUGAAGGAAGGCAUGGCGGCUCUAGAAAGCGUGUUCUCCCUGGAAGACCUGAACGGAUUUAUUGAGCUGCCUAAGGCUGAGAAGAUGGCACACCUACGACAUCUCAUGGAGAUUGUCUCCGGUGUCCGGCUGUUUAACAGGGAUUGCAAGAAGGGGGGCGAGGGAAUACCCGAUUUGCCGUUCAACUUAGUAGACGCUGGGAAGGCAUGUCUCGCAUCUCUCUCCAACUCCCUGAUAACUGUAAUGCAGCGGGUCAACACAUUGACCACCGCGCUAGAAGACACUAUCGUCAUUGAGGACGAGACGGGAAAUGUUGGGUUUGACCUGAAGCGUACUGCCGAUUUGACUGUCAAUGACGUAAAAGAAGUUAUAGAAUUGUUGCUUUUCUACCGUCAGUAUGAGGUCUUCACUCGUCGAUUGCUAUCCGAUGUGCAAACUUUAGUCAGUAGCGCGAAGCACCACGUAGAAAAAGUGAGACAUGUGCUCGACGAUAUUCACGCUGCUGUCAAGUACAAAAGUGCUGUGCCCGUCACCACUGUGUUUCCACUAUUCUGUAAUCUCUGGCAAGUGUGGCGUUCGAUGCAGAACACCAUGUACUUGAUAUCCACAGUAAACAGACUGAUCUCAAACUUGGCCAGCAUACAGGAUCUAAUGAAGAUUCCCCAAAGCAUCGUCGACAAGAUGCUGGCUGGGAGGAGCGUUAUUACCGAUCAGGACAGAAUAAGCAACAGGAUUAGUCUAGUAGAACGACUUUCGAUGGCAAAUUUGGAGAAUUAUAUUCCGUAUUCAGAUCCAGAUAUAUUUUGUUCCGGACGUGAGAAAUCUGCACAAUUUCUAGGUUUUUGUGCGGUGUGCCUCACCGUUGGAGCAUUGAACCCUGGGAAUAUGAAAGUGGGCUAUAUCAAGAAUCGCGGGAAGAGAUAUAGCUUUUGUAACAUUAAAAUGGCCACCAGAUUCGCUAAGAACCCUGACAGGUACAUAAACGAAGUGUUAGAUUUCGCGCGCAACAACCCGCACGUGAUCCACCUGCUGAACAUCAUCGAGGAUGUCCGUCAAGUGAAGGACUUGGACGUUCUCGUCGUUAAAUAUGUGCCGAAGAUCUGUGUGAUGGAAAAAGAUGUUCAGACUGAACCUCACCCCAUAGACGAGUAUAUUGAGAAAGAUUAUACUUGGGACCUCUGGGAGUGGAAGAGGAGGGCUUGCAAAUGGGCAUCAAUAGUGAAUUGCAGGACCCACUCGACCCAAACGAUCUACAGCCACCUUCGUUCAGAAAUUCAAUGUCAAACAGCCGAGCCUAGAGAUAAGUGUCAGCAAACUAAGAAGGAGACUGGCAUGAACACAGUGCCUCGUAACGUGUUUUUAUGGGGCCUGCGCGGGCAAAUUGGCGAUGGACAGCACGCGAUGGACCUGAUUGUGCCGCAUAAUGAAAAACUUGGAGGUCGCCCAGUCGAUUACUGCACCUGGCCGUGCACGUCCAUGCCCUCAACAGAAUACAGAGAAGUUCAAGAACAAGAUUAUAAUGACGAAGAAGACUUUGAGUUAGCGAUACAUAGCAAACUUGGUUUCUGAAGAGAAAGACGUAUAUGAUAUUCCGAUUUAUGUGAGCUGGACGAUGAACCAAUCGAAGUACAUACUGUCCGGGCAAACUAGAUUGUCUGACUCUUUUUAAAAUUAAGAUUUUUAAAUAAAUGUUAUUAACUUAUAUACUAAU